UUCUCGACUAAUCUAAGGGUAACAUCGCGGCCUAUCCUACCUCUGUUCCAGCAUCCUUACCUAUCGAUCACUGCGUUGCAUUGUGACAUGGCGCCACUGCAGAAAACCACAGGCAAAGGCCCUCUCAGCCGUCUUCCGGGCGAGAUUCUGAUCAAUAUAUUCAAUCUGCUUCCCCUAAAAGACCAGCUUACGUUGAUACGUCUGUCCAAACAGCACUGCAGCCUACUUGUCCAAGACCUCCACAAACAUAUAACUCCUCUACGAAUUGACCGCUCCAAUGCAGAAAUUCGAGCCAACCUCGUUCGCAAUAGAUCAUGGACGAAGUCGUUAAUCCUACAUUCCCCUUGUCUUGAUGAGUACCAACACAAGCCGGACGAGGAUAAGUAUAAGAAUUUGAGCCUGAUGCUCUCGAGGAUAUUGAAAGUCUACUCAGGUGGAAAGAAGAAGAUCGAUAUAUUGGCAUUCACUGCCCCAACAACCCUUGAUGAGCUUUCAUACGGUUGUUUGGAAGGAUACCUUGAUACGCAAUCUUCACUCAGAACGGCUGUGCUGCCCCCGAUUUCCGUUUCUACUACUACGAGCGAGAAUGAGACCUGUCCCAUGGGAGUUGUUCUACAGACCUCCCAUGAAGCCGGUAAAGGAAAUACUUCAAAAGAUUUAGUCCUUUAUCUCCGGCAAGGUUGCAAGAUCCAGGCAGCGCGCAAACUAAUCGUUCCAUCUGAGCAAGUAGUCGUGAUGGCUCAUUUCUAUGGAAAUCAAUGCCGGGAAUCAUUCAACUGGGGCAAUCUCGAUAACCUUGACCAGUCGUGGCAUGACGUUCGAGAUAUCUCAUUCGAUUCAUUCUACUCCGCCGACAUCCCGGAUUGUCCAGCUCUGAGAAUGCCUGAAAGGAUCAUGUCGCUGUCUAUCUCAAACACCAACACAUCUCAUUCGAGUUGGGAGCAAUAUGAAGCUGCCAUAGCGAACGAGAGAUCGUUGCUGGUCGACCACUUCGCUCUCGCAAGAAAAGCAAUGGGAGCCACCUUCCCGGGAAUUACAUUAGACGUUCUGUUGGAAUUCUUAGGGAAUAUCACCAACCUGAAAACUUUGUGUUUCCAUCAAUGGGUCGCCCUGCCAGCACAUGGUAUGGCUGCAUGUGCGUCGAUGCAUCGAGAGACACUCAUAUCCUUCUCCUGGCGUGCUAGUACGAAGGAGUUCAGAGAGGAAGAUGCAUUGGCUCUGGUUGAUGCUUGCCCAGAACUUCAGGCACUUGGUGUGAACGGUGCCUUCGCCCGAGUCUGUAUUGAGGAUCCGCAACUCUUUCGCGAACCCCAUGUCGCAGAACUAUUCCUGGAAAAGGCCAAGAGUUUCUUUGGCGGUCUAAAGGGACUCACUAAUCUGCACACAUUGUGCAUCUUCACUACCAAAAAAGCUGAUCUCAGCUGUAACUCUGUGAUCAAAAACAAUGAAGACCCGACAAUUCUGCAAGUGGUGACGAACUUCCUUAACGUAGCAGCUGACAACGGUCUUCCGUCACUCCGAGUUCUCCACUUCAUCCACUAUCAAUACCGUAAUGGUGGGGCCUCAUCAUUCAAGGUCUACUUCGCUCCUAAUCCUAAGACUCUCAAGCAGACCGCAUUUGUGAGUGUUCUGAAAAAGCUCACUGACACGGAAGAGAAUGUGCUACAUGCUCUUGGAGGCUCACCUUCUGGGUCUGUGUCACAAGCGGAGUACAGACACCUGGGCGACCUAUAUCCAAGCACAGAAACCCUAGCCCGUUUCCUGCAGGAGGAGAAGAAUGAGUACCGAUUUGGCUUCCCACGUGCACCAUUCAUCAGUGUCACGCCGAAACGCAAAGCUAGCGAUGAUCAAUCCGAAAAGACGCCUAGGAAGAAGAGGAGGAGAGGAAGGAAAAAGUGAGGAAACGCGCUCAUGGUUUUCGCACAGAAUGAAAUCAUUGAGUCUGUACAGUCUAGUUUGUAUGCAAUACUACCGCUGACAUGUGUAUCUGCCUGAGUCCUUCGUCAAUUCACUGCGUUCCCUCGUACUGUGUUAUGCCUCAUCCCAUCAAUCACUACAGCCUCAAAAUCACAACAAAACCACCCAUUCCGAUUGCGUGCAGAUCAUAACGUUCCACCUCAAACCG